AGAAGAUCUCUUGAGCACAACAUCUCUUCUUCUUUCCUUCUUUCCUUCUUACUUUCCAUCCAGUUGAUCUCCUCAAAUGCCAACAACAAAAUAAUUUCACCCAUUUCUCCGGACAUCUCGUAAGUCUCGACAUCGUAUAUAUACAUGAAUACAUGCUUGUUUGUGUACCACAUCUCAUCAGGCGUCAGAGCUCCCACUUUCUCUUCCCUAUUGUUUUCCCUUCUUUACGAGUUGGCCAUCUCAUUUAAAAACGCGGUCUCAUUGGAUUCGUACUCGGUGUCUUCUUCGUGCUUUGCGACAGGAACACAUUUAUCGUUGUGCUCGCCGAAGCAGUUGCGCCCUGCGGACCGUGCGGUACUUCGCGGAGAAAAAAACACACACACACACACAGACACCCACUCAGAGCACGCACCCGCAUACAUACAUGUCCAACCCAUCUCUCGCAAAUCUGGAGGCGCUGAGGGAGGAGCUGUGCUCCCCUGCGCUCGACCAAGGGCACCUCUUCGCUGGCUGGCCAGAGUCGAUGGAGGCCUACACGGACAAGCACAUCGCCUUCCUCACGCAGCUCUACCUCUUCCAGAACACCUACCACGGCGGCGUCGCACAGUACAUCCGCACGGGCAAGGAGCUGCUGGCGACGGAGAGCGAGGAGACGGACUUCACGGCUCUGGAAAUGCCGCCGCUGGUCUUCAACAUCCCGCUGCUUUACCAGCGAACGGCGGAAAUGGCGGAGCUGGAGAGGACCGGGACGGAGAUGCUGCGCAGGACGGUGUUUGUGCUGGUGGCCGGCGGCCUAGGCGAGCGUCUCGGCAGCUCCGACAUUAAAGUCGGCCUGCCGGUGGAGACGGCGACGGACACGACCUACCUGGACUACUACCUGUCGUGGGCGCGGCAGGUCGGUGGGCCGGACGUGCCCUUCGUGCUCAUGACCUCCGACGACACCCACGCCCGCACGCUGCGGCUCAUACAGCAGUUGAACCCGAAGAUGCCGAACCUGCGGGUGUUGAAGCAGGAGCAGGUCUUCUGCUUCUCCGACCCGUCCGCCCAUCUGGCCGUCGAUCAGUACGGAACGCUUCUGCGGAAGCCGCACGGCCACGGCGACGUACACUCGCUGAUCCACCACGCCGCGGUGCGGGAUGGCGUGGUGCUGUCGCCCACAGAGGACGCUGCGUCCGCUGACAAGCGCGGCUUGCUGGCCACCUGCGACGACCCCAUGCAGCCUUUGGUUGAGGCGUGGCUCAACGCCGGCUAUGCUUCCAUCGCAUUCCUGCAGGACACCAACGCGUGCGCCACCAUCACGAUCCCCAUCAGCCUUGCCAUCAACGCGCAGCACCGCCUCGACAUGAACUUCACCUGCGUCCCGCGCUUGCCGAAGGAGUCGGUCGGCUUGCUGUGCCGUGUCAAGAAAGGCAACGAUGAGCCGUGGAGGGUUGCCAACGUGGAGUACAACAUCUUCGCGGAGGUAGCGCGCACGCUGACGGCCGAGGGUGGCGACGUGGCGAGCCACAAGUCGGAGUACUCGCCCUUCCCUGGCAACAUCAACACCCUCGUGUACAGCCUACCGAGCUACGCGGAGGUGCUGCGGAAGUCGCACGGCACGGUGCCGGAGUUCAUUAACCCCAAGUACUCCGACGCUACACGGCGCCACUUUAAGAAACCGGCACGUAUCGAGUCGCUGAUGCAGGACAUCGCACUGCUGUUUCGCGAGGACGAAUACCGCGUCGGCGGAACUAUCUUCGAGCGCUUCUCCUACCAGCCGGUGAAGAAUUCAUUGGAAGGGGCCGCCGCUCUGGUGGAGCAGGGCAACGCCCCGUACUGCGCCGCCACCGGUGAGGCGGACUUCUACGAAAUGCAGCGUCGGCGCCUGCGGGGGGUCGGGGUGCCGCUCUUCUACGACUCCGAGCCGGAGGUGUCGGUCGCGGAGGACAAGGUGCACUGCCGUAUUUUCCCAAUUGUUGUCCUGGAUGCCGCGUGCACCGGCAGCGGCACCCUCGCCGCGCUCGCGAAGGUCUUCCCGACGCCGGAGAAUGUCAGGAUUGAUCAGCGCAGCACGCUGCUCGUGAAGGGGCGGGUGGUGAUUGAGAGUUUGCAGCUGCAGGGCGCCCUCACGAUCCGCGGCCCGACGGACCCCGCUGCGCCGCCGCUGGUGGUCCGCGACGUCAACGUGCACAACGCUGGAUGGAAGGUGCACGCCUUACCGCCGACCCACCCAGGCGGUGACCCCCGACUGAGCGAGGUGGACCGCAUCCGCGGCUUUGUGCUGGACAAGGCCGUCAUGGCCGUGCUGGAUUACACGACGGGGACGGUGCGCGUGGAGCAGCCGUCGAUCGACGCGGACGGCGCAAAGCUGUAA